UCAUAUAUCUAUAGCUUUUAGCUCUAUCUACUGUAAUAAAAAAUGAUUGCACGAACAUUGUAAAUAAAGAUUGUCAAAAGAAUUUUGAUAAUGACAUGAGAUAUCAUUGACUAAGUGUUUCGCGAGAAAUUAAAAUAGAAGAAGAGACAUUAUGUCGACGUUGUGUCUCAAACAAAAAGACGUGUCUGUAGAGAGAAAUAAAUGUGCUGCGAAAAAAAAAGAGAUUUUAAUGAAUUAGUAUAAUAUCAAAUGCACAACAAAAAUGCCGGUUUAUCAAGAAACAGAACAAAUACAAGCGCAAAUGGUCAUUGUCAUUCACCCCGGCUCCAUGUAUCUUCGCAUGGGCCGUGCUUCCGACUUGAAGCCUAUUACGUUGUUACAUGCCAUAGCAAGGAGACUUUUACCAGGAGGAACAAAAUACAAAGAUAGUUUCUUACCUCCAGCUGUGACACUAACAAAAGAGCUAACACAGGCAAUGGAAGAAUCAAGGCUGCAAGUAUCACAUACUUUGCAAUCUUGUUUACAAUCUGAUGGAAGCAGAAGAUAUGCAACUCCACCUCAACAGAUAGCAGCCUUUAAUCGCAGAUCCACUCCAGAAUUCUCCUCUCCUGGCAAUGUGACAUGCACAAAAUCCGAUUUAGAUGUGAUCGUCGGUGACGAUAUUCUGUCAUUGGAUCUGGAAGAAGAAUCCAACUUUAAUAUCCAUUUUCCGUACAGGAGAGGCGAACUUAAUAUUCAUUCAGGUCCAGGUGGUAGUCUAACUGCUGUCAUGGCGGAUCUAAAAACGAUUUGGGAAUAUGUGCUGACUGUUAAACUGGACAUUCCUCUCAGAGACUUGAAGCAUUAUCGCGCGGUACUUGUUAUACCUGAUAUUUAUCAUCGACCUUAUUUAAAAGAAUUGACUACGCUGUUGUUGGAAGGAAUCGGCUUUGGUCGCUGUAUUUUAUUACAAGAUCAUGUAGCCGCUAUGUUCGGAGCGGGCCUGGGUUACGCGUGUGUAGUAGAUGUUGGAGCUCAGAAGAUAUCGGUGUCCUGCGUUGAGGAUGCUAUUUCUCACAAGGACACACGAGUGCGUAUGGACUAUGGAGCCGCAGACGUCACACAAACGUUCUUCUGGCUCCUACAAAAAUCCGCAUUUCCUUAUAAAUCGUGUGACCCAGCCAACAAAUUGGACGCGCUGCUCUUGGACAAGCUAAAGAUAGAUUUUUGUCACGUGGAUUUAAACGUAUGUGGUUCGCAAGAGAAAACAUUUGUUGUGAGAAAACCAAAGAAGCACACAGAAACUUAUACUUUGCAGGUAGGAGAUGAAUGUUUAAUAGCACCUUUGAGCUUAUUUCAACCCGAACUGUUCAGGAUCACAGGAACUCAUAACGUUCAUAUUCAAAAACGAUCCUCGGGAGAUCCAGAGGAUCCUUACGAUGAAAAUUAUUUAAGAGAAACAAGUAGACGUGGAAUAAAAGAAAAUCUAGAUCACUCGUCGGAAAUGCAAGAAGAGGCGGCAGUUGCACCUGCAGCUGCUGGUGAAGAUGAAGUUGUCGAUCCGGUCGGUGAUUCCGGACCUAGUUUAUUAAAUCGUGACUUAGAAGCUAAUCGAGAUUUUGCGAUCCCGCAACAGUUAUUGGGUCUUGAUCAGGCGAUAUUACAGAGUAUCGAGCGAUGUUCUAACGACGAUCUGAAAAGAAAAAUGUACAGUUGCAUACUAGUCGUUGGAUCAGGAUUGAAAUUCAAGGGUAUUGGCAUGUGGCUUCGGAAUCGAAUAUCUCUUCAGACACCUUAUAUGCACAGGCCUGAACAACUGGACAUUAUAACACAGCCAAAGGAUAUGGAUCCUGGCAUGACAGCCUGGAAAGGAGCAGGAAUUUUAAGUUGUUUAGAAUCAGCUCAAGAACUAUGGAUUGCACGUAUUGAAUGGCAACACUAUGGCGUUAGAAUAUUAAGAGAGAGAUCUCCUUUUCUUUGGUAAAAAAUGUUUAUU